AGAGUAGCUAAAUGGGGCCCAAUCAAAAAGAAAAAAAAUACUCGUCGUUGACUGACUGACUUUAUCUAUCCCAAGUCUUCCCACUCAAAAACAAACUAUUCGCCGCCAAUGCCAUAACUCGAUAAUUCACUCACCUCCGAAGUCGGAACACCCAACUCACUAAUACGAUCAAAUAUAGAAUCCUCAGGGAGAAAUCGAGAAUUCUUAUUGCGAGGGUGAAAAUCGAACUCCUGUUAUAAAGGUAGAAGGGUAGAGGGAAGGAUGACCUUACAAUCACUUGGCCAAUUUUAAUCCUCCCACGAAUACGAUCAUGGCAGUGACUGAUCUUUUUGUGGGCGAGAUCGCCACUGAGCUCCUCAAGCAACUGAUAGCAAUAGCCCGAAAGUCAACCUUAUGCAGAGCAAGCGCGGACCAGCUGAUCCACCACAUCCGCGAACUCCUACCCAUCAUACAAGAAAUCAAGUACUCCGGCGUUGAACUACCCCAAUUCCGGCAAUCUCAGCUAGACCAAAUCUCCGAAACUCUUCGUUCCGGUAUGGAACUCUCAAACAAGGUGCUCGCGUCGAACCGGUGGAACGUGUACAAGAAUCUUCAGUUAGCCAGGAAGAUGGAGAAGCUAGAGAAGAUAGUGGCAAGGUUUGUGCAAGGUCCAAUGCAAGCUCACGUCCUAGCUGAUGUUCAUCAUCUGAGGUUCGAUUCUGCCGAGCGGUUUGAUCGGAUGGACGCAUCCACUAGGCGGAUUGAGGCGCAACUCGGAUCGUUGAGGAUUGGAGGUGGUGAUGGAGGAUGGUUGGAGGAGAUCAAAAGAGUCGAGGAAAUAGAUGGGGUGUUUGAUGGUACUUUAGGGGUGAGUUUGGAGAUGGGUGUUAAGAAGGUGAAGGAAAUGGUUAUGAAUAAGAGUGAUGGUGUUGUUGGGAUACGUGGAAUUGGUGGUAGUGGUAAAACAACUAUUGUUAAACAACUUUGCAGGGAUGAUCAACUUAAAUCUUACUUUAGCAACCGGAUAUUGUUCCUGACUGUAUCUCAGUCCCCUAAUGUGGAGGAACUAAAAUUAAGGGUAUGGAGGUUUUUGUCAGAAACCGAAUAUAUGGAUACCAAUGCUGUGGUUUCCCAAUGGAACCUUCAAUGUGAAAAGACAGUUAGAGCUCGGGCUCUCGUGGUUUUGGAUGACGUUUGGUCAUUAUCAGUGCUGGAGCAGCUUAAUUUCCGGGUACCUGGUUGCAAAACCCUUGUGGUUUCAAGGUCAAAGUUUCCAACUGUUGUUAACGAGUCCUAUGAGGUAGAAUUGUUGAACAAUACUGAAGCUAUGGCUCUCUUUUGUAACUCUGCUUUUGGGCAGAAUUCUGUUCCUUUUUGUGCUGAUGAACCAUUAGUCCAACAGCUUGUCAGUGAAUGUAAAGGGCUUCCUUUGGCUCUUAAAGUCAUCGGUGCUUCAUUACGUGGCCAACCACAACUGUUCUGGAUAAGUGCAAGGAAUCGACUUUCACGUGGUGAGCCUAUUGGUGAAUCUCAUGAGAUUAAUUUGCUGAAACGGAUGGAAACAAGUAUAUCUUACUUGCCAGAAAAGGUUAGAGAGUGUUUCCUAGACUUAGCGUGCUUCCCCGAGGACAAGAAGAUCCCUCUUGAUGUUUUAAUUAACAUAUGGGUUGAGAUUCAUGACAUUGAUGAAGAAGAGGCUUUUGCUGUUCUCAUUGAGCUAUCAGAGAAGAAUCUUAUUACUAUGGUGAAAGAUGCAAGGGCUGGAGAUCUGUAUAGUAGUUAUUAUACCAUCUUCGUGAUGCAGCAUGACGUAUUGAGAGACCUAGCUUUGCAUUUAAGUAAUUCUGGGAACAUUAAUCAUCGAAAGCGGCUGUUUAUGCCCCGCAGAGAAGCAAGCCUUCCAAAAGAAUGGGAAAGGAAUUCAGAUCAGCCAUUCAAUGCCCAGAUUGUUUCACUUCAUACAGGUAUAAUGAAGGAAAUGGAUUGGUGUGCCAUGGAUUUCCCCAAGGCUGAAGUGCUUAUACUAAACUUCUCCUCAGGCGAGUACUUUCUUCCGCCCUUCAUAACGAAUAUGGGAAGGCUAAGGGCCUUAAUCAUAAUCAAUAGCAGCACUUCACAUGCAGUCCUCCUCAACUUAUCAGUAUUUGCUAAUAUGGCCAACUUGAGGAGUCUUUGGUUCGAAAAGAUCUCCGUUCCUCAAUUACCCAAGCGUACCUUACCAUUCGAAAAAUUGCGCAAAGUAUCCCUAGUCUUAUGUAAAAUUCACACUAGUUUUGACGAUUCUGUCGUGGAUUUGCCAUUUUCCCCCCAUAUUUCAGAACUCACAAUAGAUCAUUGUAUAGACCUGGUGAAGCUGCCUGUCAGCAUAUGCUUGCUUCGUUCGCUAGUGAGUCUGAGCAUCACCAAUUGCCACAGCCUUAAAGAGCUACCUUCUGACUUGGGUAUGCUGGAUUCUCUACAGAUUCUGAGAGUCUAUGCUUGCCCAAAUUUGAAAACUCUCCCUCCUGGGAUAUGCCAGCUUGUUCGUCUCAAGUACCUCGACAUCUCUCAAUGUGUCAAUUUGGUAUUUCUUCCAGAAAGUUUUGGUAGUUUAAUGAGAUUAGAGAAGAUUGACAUGCGUGAGUGUUCCUACAUAAGAUCACUGCCGAAAUCUGUUGUAUCUUUGCAGUCACUACGGCAUGUGAUAUGUGAUGAAGAUAUAUCGUGGAUGUGGCAGGAGUUGGAAUUGGUUCUGCCUGGACUCCGGGUUCAGGUUGCUGAGGAAUGUUUUGAUCUAGAUUGGCUGACAGAGUAAAUAGCAUACAGAAACUUUAUGUUAGUAUUGAGGUUAAUGUUAUUUACAGCUCGUAUAUAUUUAAUAAAACCUUCGUAUAUUUAUAUGUAUUAUGUGUUUGGCCCGA